AUGGGCUUAUGGGCUGUUAGUCUGUUCACCCUUGGGUGGAUUGCUCUCAUAUUGGACUACAGUCGCAUGCUGUAUUUGAGAUGGCGAAUGCCGCCUGGACCACUACCAUGGCCAAUCAUUGGCAAUACAUUCAGCUUACCGGAGGAAAAGCCUUGGUUUCUUAUCGAGCAGCUAUCCAAGGACUACAACUCUCCGCUUAUCACGUUCUGGAUUGGGCGGAGGCCCACGAUUUGGAUCAACGACGCGUGGGCUGCCGACGAAGUCCUCGUAAAGCGAGCCAAUAUCUACAACUCUCGGCCGCGAAUGCUGAUGUUCGCCGAGUUGAUGGGUGGUCAAAAUAAUCUACUGCAUAAAUACACAUACACGAGAGAGCAGCGCGAGCGGUUCCGUGACCUCCGGAAGCUUACACACCAGGGCGUUGGGAUUCAGCGGGUACAAAAUUAUCGCAGCCUCCAAGAUGAUGAGAACAAGGUAGUGGUGAAGGAUUUGCUCACCACACCGGACAAAUUCGUGUCACACUUCGAGAGAUACGCUACAAGCGUUGUGUCAAUUAUCGGCUUCGGACGUCGGAUCGCGGACUGCCAAGAUCCGUUAAUUACUGAAGUGAUUGCUCAGAUGCAAAACUCUGCUCAGAUGGCAGUCGUCGCCAAAGACUUCCCACGCUUGAUGGAGACUUUCCCAUGGCUUGCAAAAUUCCCCGACUGUAUUGCUCCUUGGAAGCGUGGUACACGGCGUUCCGCCAAACCCAAGUUCGGCCGCCAUGACUUCUUCUUUGCUUUAGCAGAAGAGGCAAACCAGAGUUCAGGCGAGAACUACGCGAAGUAUUUGUUUCGUGAAGCACCUCAGUACAAUCUUCAUCCACUCGAAAUCUCCAAUCUCGCCGCCAACCUGCUCGGUGCCGGAGCAGACACAUCGAGUAGCACACUUGUUACGGCUGUACUAGCUAUGCGCGCAUUUCCUGAGACCCUCGAUCAUGCGUGGGAUGAACUCGAUCGUGUCGUGGGUCGAGCACGAAGUCCAACCUUAGAUGACGACCUCCCAUACCUCCGCGCUUUCACCAAGGAAGUCUUCCGCUGGCGGUCUGUUGCAAUCAUCGGAGGUACUGCCCACGCCCCUGUCCAAGAUGACUAUUGGAACGGCUAUUAUAUUCCGAAGGGAACCUGGAUGCAAGGUAAUGUCUGGGCGAUACAUCACAAUGAGCGCGAUUUCCCAGAUCCUGACCGCUUCAAUCCACGAAGAUUCUUGGACACGGACGAUAAGAGACCAUUCCCUGGGGAGAAAGGAUAUAUGACUUUUGGAUGGGGAAGAAGAAGUUGUGCAGGCCAAGCAUUAGCGGAGCAGGGAACAAAUCUUAGUGUCGCACGAUUGGUGUGGGCAUACAAGGUGGAACCAGAAGUGGACGAGCAUACGGGGGAAGAAGUGCCUGUUGACAUCUUCAACUACUCGAGUGGGUCCAACUGGAAACCCCAGCCGUUCCGAGUCAAGUUUACACCGAGACACGAAGAGAUCAAGCAAACCAUCCUUCGGGAGGGCAAGCAAGCACUGAACGACUUGGCCAAGUAUGAACGCGAGACUAAGUACACCUUCAGCACCUUUUAUCAGUAG